AUGUCCAAACCCACCCGCGGAGCCCUCAUCGUCGUGGAGGGGCUCGACCGCGCCGGUAAAUCCAGCCAGUGCGAGGUUCUGCGCGAUAGGCUCGAGAAGGCGGGUCACGACGUGAAGCAUAUCCGGUUUCCUGACCGAACUACCCCCAUCGGCACCCUAAUCGACAACUACCUCCGCGGCACAACCCACCUCGACGACCACACCAUCCACCUCCUCUUCUCCGCCAACAGAUGGGAAGCAGCGGGGUCGAUCCGCGCGGCGAUCGAAGCCGGCACAACCGUGCUCGUCGACCGGUACUCCUACUCCGGGGCGGUGUACUCCGCCGCGAAGGGCAACGCGGCGCUGGGGCUGGAGUGGGCGUGGGCGCCGGAGAUCGGGCUGCCGCGGCCGGACGUGUGUCUGUUUCUGCGGAUCUCGCCGGAGGAGGCGGGGGCGCGAGGCGGGUUCGGAGCGGAGAGGUACGAGAAUGAGCCGAUGCAGAGACGGGUAAGGGAGCUGUUUCAGACGCUGUUUGAUCGGUUGCCUGCGGGGGAUGUCAUGGUGGUUGAUGCCGGGGCGGCGUUUGAGAAGGUUAGUGGGGAUAUUUGGGAGGUGGUGAGUGAUCGGAUGGGGAGGGUUGCCGGGAUGGGGGGGUUGCGGAGCUUGGAGGGGAUUGCCGAGUGA